GAAGGAGCCCAUUUGAAGGAGGGAAUGCCGCCAGCGACCGCUAGGCGGCGUAUGAUGGAAACGAUCAGCCACGCAUAGUAACCUCCUCGAAUCGUCAAACAUUGCCAUGGUUAAAAGGGCCGGAGAGAGACAGUGAUCAGGUAAAAUAAUCUCCUUUGCAACGGGAGGGGAAAGAAGGCAUCCCCGCAGGUUUAAACCAACAGCAGCAUGCCCAGAAUUUAAUCUAUGCUGCGCUGGAUUGUCAAGCAACAGUACCGGGACGGAAGCAGUUUAGCCUGGAUAAUCACUUGACCCCUCCUGAUUCCUCUGUGGAACGUUCCCGGGAGGGAAGCAUUGUGACGUCAACGCACCUACUUAAUCCUCCCUGUUGAGGGGGAGCCUGGAGCCAUGAGGUCAUCGAAGCGGCCAGUCUAACUAUCCCGAGAGCAGCGCCAGCACCAGCAGCAGCGGCAGUUUCAGCGGCGGGGGGGGGGAGGGGAAAAGCCUGCCCAAGCAAGGCCGCUUGGGAUCUCUCGCAGCCGCACUCCAGCUGCAAACCGAGGCUCGCCGCCACCGCCGGGAGUUUCUGGCAAAAGCAUGGAGGAGGCUGACGCGAAAGAGCUGCAGGUCGGCUCCUGGCUGCCCGUGCUGGUGGAGCAAAUGGUGAACGAUACCCUGGUAGUCACCUUGAGCUGCGGGGAGAGGCGGUUCACCGGGAUCCUCCUGGAUUGCACUAAAAAGUCUGGACUAUUCUGUGUUCCACCAGCCUCCUUACCAAAGACAGACGAUCCUCUUAACAAAAGUUGCACUAAUGGGAAAACUGAAGACAGACCAUCCAUAGACCUGGAGGCUGAGCAGUGGUGUUCAGAAGGAAAACCCACCAAGGCCAAUGGAGAGGAGCAAGUCCCGCCCCUCUUGCCUCCACCACCAACGGGCAGUGUUCCUCCUUACCCUCCCUAUUUUGAAGGAGCCCCCUUCCCCCCUCCAUUAUGGUUACGGCACACAUAUAAUCAGUGGGUACCUCAGCCACCUCCGAAAACCAUAAAAAGGACAAAGAGGCGCUUGUCCCGAAACAGAGACCCUGGGAGGCUCAUCAUGAGCACAAUUAGGCUGAGACCGAGGCAAGUGCUUUGUGAGAAAUGCAAGAACACACUGAAUCCAGAGGAAGGUAUCAAAGCCCACCAAAAUGCAAAAACCCAGAGGAAGCUGAGCAUCCAAGAUAAGGAACAGAAAAGACACAGCGAAUCAGAAUAUGUAGAGAAAAAGAGCAAAAGAGAAAGGCGAGAGGAUGAAAAGUUUUCCAGGGAACAGCUGCAAAGGACUCCAGUUAUAAAAAUAUCUUACAGCACCCCUCAGGGAAAAGGUGAAGUUGUGAAAAUUCCCUCCCGCAUUCAUGGUUCGGGGAAGCCAUUUUGCUCUCAGCGACUUCUCCAGAAUGGUGGGGACGACCAAGAUGAGGCCCAAGACUCAGAACAAGAUCAGGAAAGCAAAUGUUUUAUGGACAAGCAAUCCGGUGGGCACCAUGCUUCCAUUCCAAAGCUAAAGUUAACUAGGCCUGUGCAUUCCAGUGCAGAUGUGCCCCCGCCCAAAAUCCGUCUGAAGCCCCAUCGGCUCAGUGAAGGGGAUAAUGUUUCCAUUUACAAAGCCGAACUUAUUGAUGAGAUGAAUGUUCUUCCCAGCAGUGGAGAGUCUGCUGCUGCUGCUGCGGCAGCUGCUUUUUACAGUGAGUCUGCAGAACGGAGUCUAGCUGAGAUGUCUUCAGGGAGUUCCUGUGAAGAUGAUGACUUCAAAAGGUUUCCUCAAGGCAAAGAUGGACACGAUAACUUGGCUUUUCUCAUGAAUUAUCGCAAACGGAAAGCAGACUCUUCCAGCUUGUCGGUGUGCAGCAACGACAGCCUCGAAUCUAAAUCUUCCAGUUCAGAAGUGGCAUCGCCAGAAAUAUGUGACUUUUUACCUGGGGAUGACGCCUCUGUCUCCUCAUCUUCUAAAGAUGAUCGUAAAAUUGUGCCCCCACUGACAGUUAGACUACACACCCAAAGUGUCUCCAAAUGUGUGACUGAAGAUGGAAGGACUGUUUCAGUCGGAGACGUUGUCUGGGGCAAAAUCCAUGGCUUUCCUUGGUGGCCCGCCCGUGUUCUUGACAUAAAUCUUAGCCAGAAAGAAAAUGGAGACCCUUCCUGGCAGGAAGCAAAAGUUUCAUGGUUUGGUUCUCCAACAACCUCUUUCUUGUCACUAUCAAAACUAUCCCCUUUUUCUGAAUAUUUCAAACUACGAUUUAACCGUAAGAAGAAAGGGAUGUAUCGGAAAGCUAUUACAGAAGCUGCGAAGGCCGUGGAACAUUUGACUCCAGAAAUAAGAGACCUCUUAACACAAUUUGAAACAUAAUUUUGUCUUCAAAAACAACAAGAUCAGUAUUACUGCAAGGAAGAAAACAACUGCUGAGAAUCUUGUCUACUCUGCAAUGUUAAGUAUUUCUUAAGGCUGUAGUUGUAUUUUUGCCUAAGUUAAAGACUUGAAAUAAGCAGGUCGUUUAGUUUUCUUGCCAACAAUACAGAAGUGAUUUGUCAAUGCCUUUCUUUGAGUUAUAUAUUUAUUUUCCAAUUUAGCUUACAGUUUUGCUGUUAAAGUAUAAAAUGAGGACAGAUGAAAUUGCAAUUGUUAAGAACUAGUAUUAAGCAGCUAUUGUUAAAGGACCAGAGACAUUGAGGUUAUUUAUGUGGAAGAUAUAAAUAGUAAUGCUGAAGUUCAUGUAAGGUUGAGAGAAAUGAGAGAUAAGAGAUAUUGAAAGAUACACUGUAAUUUAUCCCUUGACUUCAUAAAUUAUCUGAGGAUAAUGUAAUUUAUGGAAGUUUUAAAUGGCGUAUAGGGCCCACAACACACUGCCUGCAGGGAAUUGAUUGAUACAGCGGAGAGCCAGUGGUUAAAAUGUUGACUAGGAUUAGAGAGACACUUGAAGUCCAGAGUUGGCCUUAAAAGUUCCCUAAAUGACUCUAGACUAAUAAUUCUCAGCCUAACCUACUGAAAAAAUUGUUGUAGGAAAUAAUUGACGGAAUAUAUAUUACUUUCUGCUUAGGGCAUAAAUCAAAUAAAUAUACGUAUGCAAACAUUUUGAAUUUUACUUUUAAUUUUUAGCACACAGGAAGUAUCCUAAUUUGAAGGCCUUUCCCCUUGAAGGGAUCAAAGUCAGAACUCUUCCAGAAAAGCCAAAAUGGUUUUGCACAUUUCUCAAGACAAUUCUAUUUAGGAAGGAUUCUAGCCACUGCAGAACCCUUGGCUUAAAGUUGAAUACUUCCUUGGCUCCAAAUUAGCAGAAGAAUGGGGGUACCGAGAGUGCAAAAUACUGGCUAAGCGUAUUUUUACAAAAGAAGUUAAUCUGAGCAAUAUCGCCUUCCUUCAAAUAUUAUAACAGCCACAUCCCUUGAAGCUUCACAUGGCUGCUUUGAUUUGCUGGUGGUCAUGGAAGAAGUGCUUGUCUAUGCUUGUGCAGAUAGCGGGAAAUGGCAUAUACAUUAAACUUUGGAUUCAGAAGCCUAAAAAGUGUUCAUCUGCAGCAUAAGACUCAGCAAUAUUACUGGGGCUUAUAGUAGAACAUUGCACCAAAGAUACAUGGAUGUGUGGAUGAUCUGGCUGCAACCUGUCACCCCAUUCAUUGCCAGGGUUGAUUCAGCUGAUCUGGUUGGCUAGACAGGUGUCCCCUUCCUUCCUGUUCCAUUGCAUCUCUUCCGAUGCUGCGUGCUCGGUAGAAGAGGACGACUAUCCCAGAUAGGAGUGUGCCAAUCAAGGAUAUACAAUAGCUGAGCUUCCCCGCUACAAACUCCAAAAGAUACAUGGUAGAAGUCAUAAGAUUUGCAUUGCUGACUGGAAAUUGAAGUCCACACAUCUUAAAGUUGCCAAGAUUGCAAAUCAAUUAAAGUUGCACCAAAACCAGCACAGAAAUUUUUGGGUUUUGUGAUUUUUAUAGUGUAUCUUUUACACAGUGUUCUUUGUUACAUAUGUACUGUAAGCCCCAGAAUUUUUUCUGUGUCUUAGAUUGCAGGUGAAAUUUUUUUAGACUUCUGUAUCUAUAAUGUAUAUGUAUAAAAGAGAAGAAUUUCCUAAAAUCCAAAGUUUAUCAAUAUAGAUUCAAAUGAUCUUAGUGAAGGCUCCUCUGGUGCACAUUCUUAAAAUCGAGGAAUAAAAUCUCAUGAAUACAAGCUGUCCAGGAAAUGUGUUUUCAGCACAUGUGCUGAAUAUGUAGCAUUUGAAAACCAGCCCUGUUUUUUCCCAAAAGUUUGUUAAUAUAGUAGUUUCAACCAAAGUUGAAGGAAAGGAAGACGUUAUUUUGAUUGUUCUUAUUGUGAGUCACAAAAUCUUGCUAUUUACUAAUAGAUCUCAGGUCCACCCUUUUCCGGAUCUUGAUUUAGGCUCUUGUUUAGUACCAUAACUAUUUAUUUUCAAGUUGAAAUGAGCCAUGAAAGCUGAAUGUUCUCUUUGAAAAUGGUUUUCUUUUUAGCAGUGAUUUUAUGUAGAUUUUUGUGCUCCAAGAUUUGUGUCAUACUAACACCUGGUGUUAGUAAUGAAAUUACUCAUGGUCCAAACAGUGAAGUUAGCUUUUUAAUGUCACUGGGUUCUAGUGUUUGGGCGAUUCUCUACCUCAGCAAAUUUAUGAAAAAUAUAUUUGUCUCAGGCUGUGGUCUGAGUGUUCCAAGACUUGAACACUCAAGUCAUUUUGGUACUUGAAAAUAGUGAAAGUUAAGGGCACCAGAAGAAAAUUACUUUCUUUUUGCAGUCAGAAACCUGGUUAAGCUAUGAAACCAAAGUCUUUCCUUUCUAUUCUAGUUUUGAAUAUGCUCACCACUAAAAGUUGAUAAUUGAGUAGCUGUCAGUUUUACACAGUGCACAGCUGGUUUAGACACCACUGUAUUGUGGGCAUAUUUUGGUGCAGUGACUAAGAAACCAGGAAGCUGUGUUCUAGCCUCCCUUAAGCAUGAAAAACCAGCUGGAUGACUUUGAGCCAGUCACUCUCUCUCGGCCCACCCCACCUCACAAGGUUGUUGUAGGAAAAAUAGGAAGUAGGAGUAGUAGCUUUGUUUGGUGCCUUUAGUUGACCAAAAUAUAUAUUUUUAAAGGAUAAAAAUAUAUAAUAAUUUAUGUAAUAAUCCCUAAAAUUUAUAAAAUAGUUUAUAUAAUAAUUCCUACAAUUUAUUUCUUAAUAUUUAUAACUAGUGAUUUAUCAUUAUCAUUCAUUAUAAUUAGUGUUUAUUAACAUACUGGGUACCUACCAAAACUGUUAGAAAAUCUACAUAUUGACAAAAUUUCCAUCAGUCAAUUGCAAAAGGCCACACUGUUUGGCUUGGCAGAUAUACUAUACUGAUCCAUUACAAUAUUCUGAGUUCUUGGAAAUAACUCAGUGUGGAUGGAGGCCAACACCAGCUAAAGAACUGGCAGGGGUGAAUAAUAAUGAACAACACUUGACUAUCUACCUGGGGUAGGCAGAUAUUCUUGAACAGUAUCAAAUAUUUGCCUAUUUCAGGUCCUUGGGUAGGACUCAAUAGGUGGAUAAAAUUGCCAUAUCCAGUCUGGCAAUGCGCACGCGAUCCCCCCUCCCCCCCCACCCACUCCUGGCACGCGAUGGUAGGCCUGUUUUUCUUUCUCACCUGGUCCAGACCCUCUCUAUGCAUCUGGGGAGGGUAAAAACAGCCUUCCCCACCCCCUUGGAGGCCCUCCGGAGGCCUGAAAGGGCCCAUUUCCCAACUUCCAGUUGGACAGGAAGUGACGUUUUUUGUUGUCCCCAGCUUCCAAAGACUCCUGGAGGCCAAGUGCUUAUUUCAGAGUUCAAAAAAAUAUAAGACAGGGUCUUAUUUUUGGAGAAACACAGUAUCUUGGUAGCUGGAUGCAUCUUUAUUCCACUAUCUCCUGUAUGCUCAAAGUGGUUCUUUUUCCAAAGAUGCCUACUUUGGGAACAUUUCAUGUGAUUUUUUUAAAAAAGGCAGUUUUAAAGAUUUUUUUAAAAAGUGCGCAAACAGUUUUUCAUUUCCUUUUCAAAUUAUUUUCUUUCCCCUCUUUC